AUGGCAAAGGGAUCAGUUCUUCGAUGGAGGCGAUGGCAAAGGGAUGGGUUCUUCAAUGGUUCCGCGAUGGAGGUUGUUGUAAAUGUGAUGGGGUGUGUCUGCAAGAGGAGAAAAUUUUCGAUGGGGUGGGGCUGGAUAUCAGAUGAGGUGGGGUUUGAUUUUAGAUGGGGUGUGGCUGAAAGGGAAGGGGGUUUUCGAUGGGUGAACAAUAUCACAGUUUUUUGUCCAGGCUUAACAGAUGGCUCACUGGGAGACAUGUUUUACUUUCAUUCUUUCCGCAGUCUAGGUCUGAUCGUUGAUGUAGUGCAAGAUAUUAGGGCCAUGAACGGCGAAGCUGUCCAUGCAAAUCCAAGGAAGACUGGAAUGAUCAUUCUCGGAGGGGGCCUGCCCAAACACCACAUUUGCAAUGCCAACAUGAUGCGUAAUGGUGCGGAUUAUGCUGUCUUCAUCAAUACUGCACCAAAGUUUGAUGGGAGUGAUUCUGGAGCUCAUCCGGAUGAGGCUGUAUCAUGGGGGAAAAUACGGGGUUCUGCUAAAACUGAGGUACAUUGCAGUGCAACAAUUGCUUUCCCUUUGCUGGUUGCUGAAACAUUUGCCAAGAAAGCUGUCAAGACCAUGACUUAA